AUGCUGGAAGUCGGCCAAAGACUUGGCGUAAGUGGCCACCGAGUGAGCAAUCAGUUGGGUGUUGAUCAGGAAAGCAUCAAACGCAAGGUUGCUCACAUCGUCACAAAGGCUGUGGUAGCAACGGUCCAAGACCUCACCGUUGAACGCAUUCUUCUUCUCUGCACCAGCAGCAAUUCCUCCACCUGGAAUUCCAUUCUCGAUAAAUCCAACGUAGUCGGAUCUGCCGUCAAAUGGAAUCAAAACAUAGUCCAAUCCCUUGGACUCGUAGUAGUCAAUGUAAAGGUUCUUCAACUCCUCGGAUCCAACAGGAUUGAGAGCAUUGGAGGCGUUGUACACCUCGUGCUCGGCAUAGUAGUUGGAUCCAAUGAGUCCCUCUUCUUCGGCAGCCCACCAUGCAAAUCUCACCUUGUUGUUGACCUUGAACUUGGUCAAUUGCUUGGCAACUUCCAAAAGAGAGAUAGUUCCAGAGCCAUCGUCGUUGAUACCAGGACCAGCAGUGACACUGUCGGAGUGAGCGCCAAGCAUAACAAUGUUGUCACCAUCGCCGUCAACAGUCUCUGCAAUAACGUUCAAGGUCUUGAUGGUGGCAAUGUAAGAGUCAACCAAAACGGAAGCAGACAGAGGACCUUGGGACAACAGAGAAACGUACUUCUCGCCGUCCUUCUUGGAAAUACCAACAGUUGGAGCAACAACAGCAUCUGGUGGAGCACCUCCAAGACUGCCCCUAACUUCUCCGUCCUCGUUGUUGUAGAUGAUGGAAGCCAAAGCACCCAACUUUCCUGCAUUGACAGAUUUCUGGGUGAAAGUGCAAACACCUCUCUUGAUCAAAACAACAGAACCACUGGUGUCUUCUGGGAAGUCAGACAAGUCGCAUCCGUUGUUAGCAACAACAACAAGAGGGCCAGUGACAAAGUCCUUGUUAGGAGUAGGAGGACUGAGGCUAAAGUCGGUAAGAGACUCAGGCUUGGUGCCGUUAAUCAAAGUAUCAAAGGCAUUGGUCUCGCUGACGGUAGCUGGCAAAGCCUGGACAGAAACGUUGUAGUAACCGUGCAACUUGUGGAUCUCCUUCUUGAUGUAGUCAAUUGUGGACCAAUGACCUUUGGAACCAAUGACUCUUGUAGGAUGGCCAAACUUCUUCUCCGACUUGGUGGCAAUCUCGUACAGAGUCUCUGCUCUCUCUCUGAGCGCUUCUUCGGUGAUGAGAGCCUGAAGAGCGGCGGUGUCGACCUCCGGUAG